CGUCGUGACUACAAGCGGCAGGUUGUGUUCUCCUCGGUAAAAUAUUUUUGUUUAAUGAUAGUGUGAGCGCUAAGAAAAAAUGGAUUAUCAUUUACAGCUGGCCAUAUUAUUGUUGGCCGUCUGCAGUUGCUGUGGAUUACCGAAUAAUACACGUCCGUACAACAUUUUGGCAUUUCUACCAGCUGAAACCAAAAGCCAUUUCAUGGGGUUCCAACCUCUCCUGGAGACAUUAGUGACCAGAGGUCACAAUUUGACUCUAGUCUCACCAUUCUCGUUAAGUUCGUCGUUGCCACACUACACUCACAUCAAAGUGGAAGUCACCGAAAACGUGGCAGGUAGCAUGAACUUUCUGGACAAGAACUCGCUGAUGAACCGACUGCCGCUGUACCUAGUCUCGCUGUGGCUGGGCCCGACGAUCACCGAGACCGCGCUGGCCAAGAAGUCGGUCCGGGACUUCGUGCUCGGCGACCGGUCCGCGUUCGACCUGGUGCUGUUCGAGAACUUCUUCCACGAGUGCUUCGUGACGCUCGGCCACAAGUACGGGGCGCCCGUCGUGCAGCUCCUGCCGUUCGUCGCCAACCCCAGGGUGUCGCAGUGGCAAGGCAACCCGUACGCGACCGCGUACGUGGCCGACUUCACGGCCCACUACGCGGCGCCCAUGACGUUCGUCCAGCGUGCGAAGAACGCCGUGGCCGUCCUAUUCGACACGUGGGUCAACCGGCUGCUCUACGUUCCGCGACAGCAGAAACUCAUGAGUGAACACUUCGCGUACGGCGGCCAUGAGGGCCGACCAGAGAUAGCGGCCAUGCUCCAGAACGUGUCCCUCACGUUGAUCAACACCCACCCGGUGAUUGGCUCGGCCACGCCGUACGUGCCGAGUUACGUGCCGGUGGCCGGCAUGCACACGAGGCCGUCCAAACCGCUGCCUACGGACCUAAAAACCAUUUUGGACUCAGCUGAACACGGAGUGAUUUACUUUAGUUUGGGUUCAGUAGUCAAGUCGUCUAAAAUGCCCAGGGAAGUAGUGUCGCUUCUGUUAUCGGAAUUAGCCAAGCUCAAGCAAACAGUUCUGUGGAAAUGGGAAGAUGAUCAAAUACCCAACCUUCCGAAAAACGUCAAGGUCAGGAAAUGGUUUCCGCAAAAUGAUAUAUUGGGUCACCCCAAUUGCCGGUUGUUUAUCACGCACGGCGGCAUACACAGCCUGAUCGAGUCUAUCUACCACAGCGUGCCAAUGCUGUCCAUACCUGUAUUCGGUGACCAAACACACAAUUCAAUCCAAGCCGAAAGCAAGGGAUUCGCUUUAUAUGUGCCCUACUUUGAACUGACAGCCGAGGCUUUCGGAACGAAACUUCAACAACUUUUGCGAGAUCCUAAGUACGGCGAGGCGGUCGCAAAGGCAUCGUCGAUAAUGCGGGACACCCCGACGUCCAUCAUCGAUAAUGCCGUAUUUUGGAUCGAGUUCGUCGUCCGACACAAAGGCGCGCCCCACCUGCGUACAGCCGCCAACCAACUCUACUGGUUUCAAUAUUACAUGUUGGACGUGAUCGCAGCCGCUAUGGUUUUGUUGACCGUCGUUUCGUAUCUCUGUUUCAAGUGUUUGUCGUACUUGCUUAGGAGAAUAAUCGGUUGCAGCGCUAAGACCUCCGCUUCAAAAGUAUCGAAAAGCAAAAAGAAAAGUCAAUGAUAAUCCACAACAAUAUUACACAGGUGUACUUACUACAUUGUAUGGCUGACCACCAUCGCCGUGUACCUAGGUAUUUAGGUACUAUUUACCCUGCGCACGCUGUUCAAAUCAUUUAUAAAAUAUGAUCAUAAGCUUAUAUACAUUUAUAAAUAGGUAAUAUUAUAUAAUAUGUCAUUUGUACUCGUAUUUAUAUUCACCUCUUGGUAUCUAUUUGGUUAUAAUAUUAUAAGCGAAUACUGGUUAUUGUAACCUCGUCCGUGAGACGUUUAAAUAUUAAUCUAAAUAAUACUGUAUCUGUACCUAAUACUAAUUUUUUUGUUUGUCCAACGUACAAUAAA